AUGCUUCGAGCCAAACUCUCACUCGCAUCCUACAAGGCUGCUCACAACAUCGGGCACAUCCCCCUAGCCGAGCUCGAGGCUCAAAUUCCUCCACACUUGCAGCCUCCAAUAUUACUACCAACAUCUACAACACCCUUUCGCAGCACUACAGUCAAGCGCAAGCCUUCUGCUGCUCCGGGUAACAGCCUCCUCCCACCACCUUCCUUCUCUCAUGCAUCUCGCAACUCUUCCUCAUUAAUUAAUGGUUUCGGAUCUUCACCUCUAGAUGCCCCUCACGCCUCUCAAUCACAUUCAUUAUUCACCUCCAUCUUGGCACCUCCCCCAACUUCACAAGCUCGCACCAUUUUCAAUGCCCAUGACCCCCCUAUUCCAGCACCUGUCAGACCCCCACCCUCGACUGUGACGAAGAGUAUAGCCGAAGGGACACGCGCUCAAGCGAAGGGCCGCGAUGUCCGCCGUCGUCCAUCUGGUCGUACAGCCGAAGCUACCGCGACGACAAGUUCACCGAAGCGAAAGGGCAAACGCCCUGCCCGAACCGAACUUAAGCCUGGGUCAUCCAAAAGGAGUCGUAAGAACGCUAGUAAUGAUGAUCGGCUUGACAUGGAAGCUGCAGCGACCCUGACCACUCUACUCCUGCAUAACCAACGGGGAGUAGGUGUCUCCUCUCCACGGUCUAGUGUGGACGGGAGUGCAAUGUCCGAUGGUACCGGAUCUCAGAGCCAAAACAGUUUCCCUUCAUUUUCGCAGUCAACAACGAAAGGCGCUGGGGCGCGUACACCGCCCGGCUCCAGGACACCUUUGCCUAGUGACAGGACGCCCAGACCUGCCACUACGGAGAAAGACAACGAAGCGGCAGAUCUGAUGCUGUACCUUGCGACUUCUCCAUCUCCAGUACGUCCCUCAAAUCAGAAUAAAGACGCGAGGGACAUGGCAGCAUUUAGAGCCCUGGGAGGAGGUGGUGCGGCAAAGAAGGCACCCCCUGGACGAGUCUUAUUUGGUGGUGAGCUUCCGGGUCCUAGGCAAAUCGGCCGAGGAGAAGGGAGCUUUCACUCAAGUAUAUCGAGUAUCGGCAGUGAAAUGGGUGCGCACCCAGCUGCGCAGCCUUUGUCACAGAGAACUACUUCGAGGUUGUCUGUUCCGGGAGGUAGUUCACCUCCUCAGAGUCAAGGCUCGAGUGGUAGACCUUCUUCCAGACUCGGGUCAGGAGGAGGGUCACCGCUCUUGGCACCCCCUCCCAACGUUGGGAGCUCACCUCGUUCUGGAUCCGCAGACAACUUUAACUUUAAUGAGUACAUUAAUGCCUCCCCAGCUGCAUCUCCUGUCAGAAAAGUAGGUGUCAUGGGGACUGGUGGAACAGGUGGAAGUCUCAGAGCGGAUGUUGGGCGUAAGCUAUUUGAAGAGGAGAUGGGUAGGAGUGCAAGAGGAUCAGUGGGUGCUCCAGCCCAAGGAAGCUUUACCCCUGUUGGCAGCUUCGGUGGUCCUCCCAUACCAGCCCAGCCAAGAAGAGGAUCCGGUGAACGUCUAGGGGCUGGGAUUGAGUUGGGUAUGGGAGGACGCUAA